UGGUUACACGGAGGCACGUGUGCAGUCCCGGAAGCGGCCGGGGGAAGCAGCUCUGCGCGCGCUGCUGGAGGAAGCGCCGCCGGGUCCGCUCCGCUCGGGGUCCGGCUGGGCCAUGGAGUCGAUGUCGGAGCUCGCGCCCCGCUGCCUCCUGCUUCCCCUGCUGCUGCUGUCGUUGCUGCUCCUGCUGGGCCCCAGCCGCGCCCGGGCGGAGGAGGCCGACUGGGUGCGAUUGCCCAGCAAAUGCGAAGUGUGCAAGUAUGUCGCAGUGGAGCUGAAAUCAGCUUUUGAAGAAACCGGGAAGACCAAGGAAGUGAUCGACACAGGCUAUGGCAUUCUGGACAGGAAGGCCUCUGGAGUCAAGUACACCAAGUCGGACUUACGGUUAAUUGAAGUCACUGAGACCAUUUGCAAGAGGCUUCUGGACUACAGCCUGCACAAGGAGAGGACCGGCAGCAACCGGUUUGCCAAGGGUAUGUCGGAGACCUUUGAGACGCUGCACAACCUAGUCCACAAAGGUGUCAAGGUGGUGAUGGACAUCCCCUAUGAACUGUGGAAUGAGACCUCUGCCGAGGUGGCCGACCUCAAGAAGCAGUGUGACGUGCUGGUGGAAGAAUUUGAAGAGGUGAUUGAGGACUGGUACAGGAACCACCAGGAGGAAGACCUGACCGAAUUCCUCUGUGCCAACCACGUGCUCAAGGGCAAGGACACCAGUUGCCUGGCAGAGCGGUGGUCUGGCAAGAAGGGGGACAUCGCCUCCCUGGGCGGGAAGAAAUCCAAGAAGAAGCGCGGCAGGGUCAAGGGCUCCGGGGACCGCAGCAGCAGACAGAGGAAGGAGCUAGCCAGCCUGGAGGGGGAUGCCAGCCCCGAGGAGGAGGAGGGGGUGCAGAAGGCGUCCCCCCUCCCACACAGCCCCCCCGAUGAGCUGUGAGCCCAGUGCAGUGUCCUCGAGUCAAGACCCCUGACUUCAGCACUGAAGAGCGUGGGACGCGCCUCCAGCAAGGCUGGCUGCUGUCCAGCUCAGGUCUCCUGCCUUGGCUCUGCCCUCUUCCUGCCCCUGAGCAACAGCAAGAAGUGGACUGGUCUGGGGUGGGAGACCCCACCCCAAAGGGAAGAGGAGGAGGGUGAACAGAAGGCAGCUCUCUUCACACAGCCCCGUCCUGAGCUCCGGGUCCCAUCCAGCAUCCCCGACUGCCUGUACCCUCUUCACCAGGACGGAUGCAGCCUCAGGACGGACUUGGCGAAGCCUGGCAGCCACACCUGCCUCUCCUCCACCAAGCGGUCAGGUCAUGAGUUUCAGAACCUCCAGGAUGAACUCAUGUGGUGUGGCACAAGGGGCCAGACCUGGGGCCACUCCAGAGCCUGUGGAGCGGGCACCUCACCUGACCCCACGGGCAAGCAGAACUGCAGCCAUGGCAACGCCCUUCUUCAUCCACUCCUGAGGACAACUUGUGCUCUGCCCGCCCUCCUCCCCAGGGCUACCAGAGUAAACACCUUUUGGCCUUUUG